AUGACACAAUUGUUUGAGCGAUUCCAGAUGUAUUAUCGGUGGGAGGAGAAAAACCAUGCACAAAUUCAUAGGUGCUGGGAGAAGUGCAUUGCUGGUAAAUUCCCCACUUUGCUGCGUAACGUACGGAAUGAGGCUAAAGCUAAGGCGAAGGAAAAAGGUAAAAAUAUUGGAGACGAUAUGACCGAUCUUAUUGACUUUAAACCAACAUGGAUAAGAUCUGAGAUAUGGGAACAAAUGCUUGACCACUGGAACACACCUAAGUGGAAAGCAAAGUCUUUAAGAAACAAAGAAAUUAGAAGUAGGGCAACCGGCGGCAAACAUACGCUAGGAUCUCAAUCCUAUGUGACCAUGAAAAGAAAAGCGGAAAGGAAACUUGGGCGUGAAUUGACGAUUCGUGAGGCGUUUAAGCAAUCACACUGUAGGAAAGGAAGUCGACCAUUGGAUAAAGAUCUAACUUGUAGCAAUUCACUACUUUUGGACGUUGAUUCGGAAGGGGACACUCAAGAAGAAAAUCUUGUAUGGGUUGAUGCUAGGGCAGAGGAGACUUGGGUUAAAUAUGAAGGUUUUCUUGAGGAGAAGUAUGGGAAAGAACGUAAUAAACAUCCAAAAUUUGACAAAGACCUGUGGUCACGAGCUGAGGGCAAGAAUAAAGGAAAAGGGUACGGGUUAGGCAAUGAUAGUGACCCGUGUGUACAUAGUAGAGAAGACCCUGAGAUUGAAAAGUUGAACUUAGUUAUCAAGGAGCUCGUUAAGGAAAAAGAUGAAGACAAAGAAAGGUUCAAUGGAAUUAUUGCGGGGUUGUUGGCUGACAAAGAAAAAGAUAAGGUGGAUAAAGAUGUGUUGCUUGAUAGGAUGUCACAAAUUGAAGCUAUGUUAACAGCUACGGUUCGAAAAUAGACUAUAAACACUUGGUUUUGA